CUGACUCAUUUCAAGAGGCAGCUGUAAAUCUCUCCAAAGGCAAGCAGGCCAUGUCAGAUGCCAGACAAAGGCUUCUUGCCAAGGAAGUCAAGAAACAUGAUAAUGGGAAAGCAAGCUUGUUAGGUUCCGGAAUCACCGACAGAGGAGCAGGAGCCAUUCAGAAUCAAGAGAUCAAAGGCGAGGGGACACAUGGUAUUUUGCAAGAGGCUCUCAAAAAGGAGAAACCCUACAACUGUAUUGACUGCGGGAAAUGUUUUGUGAGGCUAUCAGACUUGGCGAAACAUGACAACAUUCACACAGGUGCCAAGGCUUUUCACUGCAUGGAAUGUGGGAUAAGAUUUAGUCAAUUGUCCCACCUGACUAGACAUCAGAAAAUUCAUGCAGGGGGAAAAUCAUACACGUUCACUGAAUGCGAUGCAUCAUUUGCCCAGAGACCAUCGCUGAUCAGUCAUUAGAGAGUCCACUCUGGAGAACAGCCUUAUCAUUGUUCUCAUUGCCAACAGUACUUCAGCCAUCAGUCAGCAUUUAAAGUACAUGAACGUAUCCACCCGGGCCAAAAACCUUAUAUCUGCCUAGAAUGUGGGAAAAGAUUUGUUUCUUCUUCUACCCUCACAAUAUACAAAUGGAUCCAUACAGGAGAAAAACCAUUUUCCUGUGCCGAGUGUGGGAAACAAUUCAUCCAGGGCUCUAAUCUGAUUUCACACCAAUGGACACACUUUGGGGAAAACCCCUUUUGCUACAGAUUCAGUUAUCCAUCGGACCUCACCCGGCACCAGAAAAUUCACACAAGAGAAAAACUAUUUCCUUGUGUGAAAGGAGAUUCACUAGGUUUUCAGAUCUCCUUGUACAUCGGAGAAUCCAUACCAGGGAGCACCCGUGUUGCUGCCUGGAAUGUGGGAGGAGAUUCUGUCAGAAGAGUGCAUUGGUAACACGUCUAAGAACCCACAUGGAAGAGACAGCAGCAGGAAAAAUCAAACAGUCACAGAAAAAUAAUGAACUGAAAAUCUGUGACACUGAAGAAAAGGCAUGCAUUCCAGAAGAAACAGGAGUAAAAUGCUUCAAAGGUGAAGGAGCUCACGUCAACUUAUCUUUUUGACUCCAGGUCCAUCCCUUUCUCAUGAUCUUCUUAGGGAAGAAAGUAUACAGAGAAUGGGAAGAGUUCAUGUAUUGUUUCUUCAAUAACUUCUAUUCCUCCUCCAGUGACUGAUCUUUCAAGGAACAUUGCUGGACUUUGUCCCUAGUUUUAGGAUUAGCCUGGAAUAUUAUGGCAGUAGAAGCUGGAAUAUUCUGCUUUGGAUUAGUACAAUCAGUACAAUCGAGCGGGUUCAGAAGUAUUUCACAAGAAGUUUUGCACUCUUCUGUACAUAAUAGAACUCACUAUGCUACUAGCCUUGAUAACUUAGAACUGCGAAGCUUGCAGUCAGGCCUAGGUAUUGCAUACAAAAUUAUACGUAGUAAUGUUUUACCUGUAAAUGACUUUUUCUGUUUUAAUCACAAUAAUACAUACUAACAACCACUUUAAAUUUAAUAUAAAUCGUUCUAAACUUGACUGUAAAAAAUAUGAUUUCUGUAAUAGAUUGUCAAAGUUUGGGAUGCUCUACCUGAUUCAGUUAUUUCAGCUACAAUUUUUCACAGCUUCAGUUACAAAUUUACUUCCAUGGAUAUUACAUCAUACUUAAGUGGUUAGUAGAGGGGGUGUGC